CUCAUAUCAAUCAUUCAAUAUGGCAAUUGUUGCACCAAGACAGGCUCCAGACUAUGAUCCAGCUUUCAGUGAUAAAUAUAAACUCUCUGUGACAGUUGAACUUUCAUUGUUCCUAUUCAUUGGCCUUACGAUGGGAUUCAUUUUGAUUAUGGUCGGAAUUAUGGCGGCCUUCCGUUGGUAUUAUCGUAGAUUGCUCGAGAUUCGGCUCAAGGAGCUUCAGACUGCCUAUGAGCCAGGAAGAAUCUUUCUUAUCGAAAAUGCUGGCAACGAAAUCGUCCAAGUACAUCUUGGUCCAUUGUCGCCGCCAAUCACAGAUCAAACUGAAUACAAUGUGGUGGCUGGAUACUUGCGUGAUGACAAACGAGGUCAACUGUUUUAGCUGUUCUUUUAUUAAUGCUUUUUUCAUUUACUUUUUUCAAUUAAACGUUAAAAUG